UGGGACUCCGCCCACUAACCACCCUCUCAGGUUCCUCCAGUUGCGCCCGUCUCCUGAUAUUCUGCCUCCGACAGCUUUGAUGUUUCACUUGUAUUCAUUGCUCUUCUUUCUGAAGUUCUCCUGAAAAUCUGCUGGUAGGUAUGGACGAGGUUUGUGGAGGGUGGACGGCCGUGAAACCAGCAGAUGACAAUGUGAAGGCAAUCUGUAACCAGGCUCGACAUGAUGUUGAAAAACAAGAAGGCAAGAAUUUUCAAGAAUUCGUGGCUUUAAAAUACAGAAGUCAGGUGGUGAAUGGAACCAACUACUUGAUCAUGGUUCAAGUUGCACAUAAUGAAUGCCUGCACCUGAAAAUUCACCAGAGUCUGCCAUGUUAUGGAAAUCAGACGAAGGUCAUCGGUGUGCAGAAGAAGAAGAAACCCGGUGAUGAGCUCCAUGCAUUCUAAUUUUCUCAAGGCAAAACAGAUUAUGAUUGCAUUGUGCUGUUUGCUGCAUCUUCCUUCUCAAAGUAAAAUCAUGAUGCAAAAAUCAAAUUUUUUUUUUUUUUUCUUUGUAAUUCAUUUGACAUCUUUCCUUGGGUUUAUUUUAAAUUGUGGGUUUAUGUUUAUGAAAAGUGCUCCAUAAAGUGUAAACUGCACUGUGCUCCCAAGUAGCAAUUGCAUGAUUUUCAAUGGCAGUUCUUUAUUGGGGUUAUUUUGGAAUAAAUGCAAAUAAUAAUAAUAAUAAAAAAGUUUCAGAUGGUUCAAAUUAAACAAACAACCCUGAAAGGCAUGUAAUAUUUCAGCAACUGUUUUUUGGUUGUAGAUCUACUCCUCACCAGGUACUUCACCACGCUUACCAAGGAUUGGACAUCUGUUUGACUUUGCUUUGCUUUUAAUACUUCAUUAAACACUCCAAAUUUUA